AUGGAAAGAAAAAAAGAUAAUCUAAACCGUCGAGACUUUACCUUUCAGGAAGGCGAUUUUGUGUGGCUAAAGCUUCAGCCGUAUCGACAGAUCACUGUUGCUCAUCGCGUUUCUCAGAAACUCGCACGGAGGUAUUUUGGUCCCUUCAGAGUCAUCAAAAGGGUUGGAUAUGUGGUGUAUCACCUGGAACUUCCAUCUUCAUCACGUAUACGCCCAGUUGUCCAUGUAUCUCUUCUAAAACCUUAUCAUGGAAGCACCCCUGCGACAUAUCUAACCUCUCUUCCACCUCCGGACUGCAUUCCUUACACAUAUCCAACUCAGACAGCAAAACCAAAUCAGUCCGCUGGUACUACGAUUUUGCAAGAGGAAGAAGACGAUUGGGUUUCAUUUGUGACAAGUGGAAGUUAUGAAGAUGAGGUGCGGCCAAAGGACGCAAGUACAAGAAAGAGAAACGUAAGUACAAAAUGUCACUUUGGUACCGUGUAA